AUGGCAGUGGUGGUGGUUGAGGGUUCUGUGGAGGUUUUGGAGAGAAGGAGUGGAGAUGGAAAUAGGAAGCGGCGGGCUGGGAUUUUAGAGAGAGAGAGAGAGAAAGAGAGAGAGCGUUUUUGGAGAAGACUAGAGGAGUGGGUUUUAGAGUUUAGAAAGAUGGCACUUCAAGGUGGGAUGUAUGGUUAUCCACUUAUGUUUGCAUUUUAUGCUUUGCACCAAGGAUGCAUGGUUAGUAUGGUUUAUUGUACAAAUGAUAUUGUAGGAGUUUCACAUGAGGUUAGCAACGAUUGA